AUGUCAUGUGUGCUAGCUUUAUUGUCUUAAAUGUCAAGUCAAACCCCCACCCCCCACCAAUCAUCCCAUCAAAUUGAUAAAUAAAUCAAGUCACAAUAAUGUUAUUAUUAUUCCCUUGAAAAGUAUAAUUAAGUGCAAUAAUAAUGUGUUCUUUGACCUAAUAAAUAGAAUAAGAAGUGGAAGUUUAACAUAUUCAUAUUUGUUUUGUGAAAUCGGAAUACAGAAUGUUUUAAGAAUCUCUUUUACAUGUAUUUAAUAGAAGAAAGGAAAUUAUGAGUCAACAUAAGUUUUGGAAGGGGAUAAAAUCUUGUACGUUUUCAGAAUCUAACCAGGUUCCUGAUAAAAUCGUGAAACUGUGUUCUCUAGGACCGGAAGUGAUCGUUCUUGGCAAUGACCAUGGCCUCUAUAAUAGUAACAUUGAAGACGAUUGUCUAAACUUUAGCAAAGUUAGCGGUAUAUCAGCGAUAGACAUAUCACACCACAAUGAUACCCUUUACAUUAUCGACGUGCACGGGAGGUUGUACAAGACCAAUUCUAAGUUUGAAAAUAAAGAAGAAAUUGUCGUCCGGGAGGAUGCGAAAUGUUGCCCCCACGGUUUCAAAAGUUCCAGUUUAAAAGUAAAGUUUCGUAAUGUAGUGACCAGUGACUUUGGACAGCUGUUCAUCAGUAGCGAGGGGCAGCUAUGGGGCUCUGGUGUUAUGCCCCAAAUUGGUUUGGAGUGCACUAGCAUAAAGAAAGUGCCAUUUUUUGAUGGGAGGACAGUGUACAGUGCUUCUAUAGGUGAUGAUUUCGCAGCCGUAAUAGCUAGGAAAAAUGUUCGUCAAUCUGACAACUGUGACACGGACAGUGAUAAUGAUGACGAGGAGGUGUUUGCAUCAAAUUGCUCACAAUGUCAAACAUCAAUAGGUUUAGCAUCCCCAGCUUCUGUGCCAUCUCUGUCCGAAACCUGCCCCCUUGGAGUCCAGCUCAAUAAGUCCAGUGAAGACUCCAGCAGCACCACAGCCCCACAAACUGAUGUCCACAUAGAUGCUCAUAGUUUUACGGAAGAUUCUAGUCCCUCAUCAGAAGAAUCUAAAAUAGCUAAAACAAAUUCAAAUCAAAAAGCCCCUGAUAAAGUAAAACCAGAACAAAUCGGGGAUGAAAAUAAGAGCAGUGAGGUUGAAACUGAUUUAGACAAUGAGGCCUCAGAAGAAAGUAAAGAAAAGCUUAACAAUAUUUUUAUAAACACAGAUGCAGCCAAGCAAUUUCUAAGUAAACAGUUAUCGUGGGUUUCAGCAGGAGAGGACUAUCUUGUUGAAUACACGGAAAAACCUACAAGAAUUAUCAAAGAAAAUGUCUCCAACCUAACAAAUUUUGUUUAUGAAGGUGUCAAAACAGUAGGGGAUAAAGUGGUAACACUGUCAAGGCAUGUGAGCGGCAGCAGUGAUAACAAUGAGGCUGUGGAACUCCAAAUGCGAUUGCAACAUGAGGAGAUCAACUCCCUCAUGUACAGUUGCACAUCUGAUUGCCAUCUAGAAGAUCUCCAGUUCUCAACUAGCACAAUCAGCAGUGAGAAAGAGUUUGAAGUCGUGAGGAAAAGUGAAAACAUAAAGAACAUGUCCAAAUUAGGUAGGAAUAUCCUGGCAACUGAACUGUGGACCUGGGGCGACAUAACUCACGGGCAGCUUGGAGUUGGAGACACCGUCAAAAGACUGAAGCCAAUGGUUGUCAUGACCCUAUCUGGUUUCGGGCUUCAGAAAGUGUCUUGUGGCAAAUGGCAUUGUGCAGCUUUGACAUUAGAUGGCAGACUCUUCAUGUGGGGCUACAAUCACUUUCACCAAGUCAGUUUUGAUGAUAGAGAGGACAAGAGUGGUCCUAAACAGUUCACUGAAAUCUCUGGCGGUGACAGAAUUAGAGACAUGAUGGCAACAAAUCACCAUACACUGGCCUAUACACACAACAGACACAUUUUAUACAUGGGUAAGCAUACAGAUGGUUAUACAAAAACUAUAGAGAAUUUAUACAAAAUGCCUGUAGAAGAGAAUGAUGUCACUGAAAAUGGGGAUGUUGAACUUGUAAAGCUAAAUAAACCUCAAAAUUGUCUAAGUAAACCCCAAAAUAUGUGUUACCAUUCACUAAUACUGUCCUCUGAUAACAUAACAUACUGUUCAACACAAACAUAUGAGGAGUGCAACAAGUUGCUGCCCAGCCUUGGAUUUGGGGAUCUCUCCAUUGCUCAAAAAUAUUUAGAAGAAAUGCUCUUGAUAUAUCAUUGUCUAGUUAAGCCUUUUCUGAAGAAAAGUAAAGCCAUCAUCCUACAUUCCAAUGUGUAUGAAACUGUUUGUGAUAUCUACAGUGACAUAUUAAAUAUUAAUGCUCUGAAUGUGCUAUCAAUGUGGCAGUAUGCUGAGAAGCAUAUUAACGAAUGUGAUAUUUCUUUAAUCAAAAAUUUAGAAGAAUAUAUUUAUUUGUACAGAAAGUAUUAUUUAGCAAUAAGCAAUUUGAUUGUUAUUGGUGGGUUUGCUCAAAUCAACAAUAUUAUUGAUGUCCCAUCAAGUAUAUACAAUUUAUUUAGUGAUCAAUUGCCAUCAAACAAACAGAAGAAUAAUAAGAAAACGCUUGAAGCCAUAGUAGCACUCGCGUUCGUGCAACCCCUAACGAGACUGAGCUCACACAGAUGCAUUAUUCAAUCUUUAUUACGAAAUAAGGCAAACAACAAACACGACAUAGAUCUAGAUGACAUGAGCAAUAUAGACAACAGGUUUAAAAAAGUCCUCUCCUCAAUGGACUUAUUAAUAGAGGAGCAAGAAAAGAAACGAAAAGAGGCAGAUGGGACGAAACUUUUCUGGGAAACUGUAGGGAAAAGCUUAGACCAAUACAGGACUCCUGAACGCCGUUUAGUCCGUGAAUCUAAGUCCCGCCAGCUUAGCUUAGUGAACCCUGGAAGGUUUUCGUCUCACUGGUUCGUGUUGUUUAAUGACUUGUUCAUUCACGUAAACGGGAGUACAGUGAACGUUCACCCGUUGAUAACGCUUUGGAUAGAAUCGGUUCCGAACACUGACUCUUUAGCCAACGUAAUACAGCUGACAACUCCUGAAGAAGUGUUGUCUGUGUGUACAAGCUCAGAGCAGGAGAAGACUGAAUGGAUUCACGCUCUUAAUUCCUCUAUCAAGUCAGCUUUGAACAAGGAUGCCUUGUUCAAACCUCCAGCGAUCAGAACUGCUAGUCACACGUUUUCCAGCAAAGGUGCGUUCUUCAAAGAAGCAAAGUACCAGGGCAGAUGGCUGGACGGCAAGUUGCAUGGCAGUGGGAAGAUCGAGUGGCCGGAUGGGAAGCUGUAUGCGGGGCAGUUUCAGCUGAACGCACUGUGUGGCCAUGGGAAGAUGGAAGAUCCUGGAUUAGGAAUCUACGAAGGCCAAUGGAAAGACAACCUCCAGAACGGUUACGGUGUCCAAAAAUUCAUCAAUGGGGACAUUUAUGAGGGCUACUUCAAAGACGGGUUAGCCCAUGGCCAUGGGGUGAAAAAGCAGGGCGAUUUCACAUCGUCCAACGCAACUAUUUACACUGGGGAGUGGAGUAACGGGGUGAAACAUGGAUACGGAGUCAUGGAUGACAUCGGGAAGGGAGAGAAGUAUUUGGGCAGUUGGAGCGACAAUAAGAAACAUGGAUGCGGCCUAAUUGUGACCUUGGACGGAAUUUAUUAUGAAGGAUUGUUUAUGCAAGAUGUUUUAACGGGUCACGGUGUAAUGGUAUUCGAAGACGGCACUCACUACGAGGGCGAGUUUCGCUCAGCAGGCGUCUUCUCCGGCAAGGGAAUUCUGACCUUCUCCAGUGGUGAUAAGAUCGAGGGUGCUUUGCACGGAGCUUGGACCGAGGGCGUUAAGAUCAGCAAUGCGACUAUGCACUUGAAUGUUUCGAAUCCUGUGCUGCCGGCGAAUCCUAAACCAAAUUCCUUUGGCAAACUCUGCGUCGCACCAAAUCAAAAAUGGAACGCGCUGUUCCACCAAUGCUUCAGCUGUCUCGGCGUCUCCGAAACCCUCCUGACCCCGACCGGAAACCAUUUCGGAAACGGAACUGCCAACGGCAUUGACAACAAAAAGAUCUGGCAGAAUGUAGCAGUAGCUAUUUCAUGUUCGCAUAAAGAAAAACAUAAUAGGAUGUCUAUGAAAAAACCUAAACAGAAACUGGAAAAGUCGGUGGAUUGUUUGGAAGUGAUACCUCAAUUUGGACAGAAGAAGUUGGAUUUGGAUGAUUUUAAAGAGAUUAAGCAGUAUCUACAUAAUGCCUGCGAAUCCUCCCACCACCCCCUCGGCCAACUAGUCCUAAGCCUAACCAACGCGUUCAACACCACCUACGGAGGUGUCCGCGUACAUCCUUUACUGCUUAGCCACGCUGUCAAAGAGUUAAAGAGUAUAACAGACAGGUUGUACCAAGUUGUGAGACUGUUGUUUCCUGCGCUGCCGCCGGAGGGCGCUGAGGUUGUGCUCAGGAGUAAGGACCAGGAAGCGGAUGCGGAGAGUGAUAACCCUAUUGAUGGUGAGGUAGUAUCAGCGGCAUCCCUUCUCCAACCGACCCUGCUACCGCGCGUGCACCCGGCUCUGUUCGUCUUAUACGCGCUACAUAACAAACGGGAAGACGACCUGUACUGGCGACGACUGGUCAAAUGGAACAAGCAGCCCGACCCCACGCUCAUGCCAUUCCUCGGCAUAGACCAGAAAUUCUUCAACGGCUACACAAACCGCUCGCCCCCCGGCUCGCCGCACAAGGAACAGCUAUUCCAAGAAGCGGUGGAGACGCUACAAAAGCUGAAAACCACCUUCUCACCCAUGGAGAAGCUCAGGGUCAUUAAGGAGACGUUCCAGACGAUGACGGUUGCCGUGCAGCACGAGCUGGGCCAGAGCUACCUCUGGAGUAUGGACGAGCUGUUCCCCGUGUUCCACUUCGUGGUGGUGCGAGCCCGCAUCCUGCAGCUCGGCUCCGAGAUACACUUCGUGGAGGACUUCCUCGAGCCCGCCGUGCAGAACGGCGAGCUGGGGCUCAUGUUCACCACGUUGAAGGCCUGCUACUUCCAAAUACUACAGGAGAAGAUGUCAAUAAACUAACGAUUUACAAGACUCGGAACGGAAAUGAAAACGGACUAUUUUUACCAAAAACGUAGACAAGUACUGU